AUGGCUCCCACAACCCACUUGACAGAGGCUCGCUCCCGCCCGCACAGUCGCCGCAGCUCAACGCGCCGAAGCUUCGCGACUUCCCUCUCGCGCACGAGCUCUUACCUCGACACCCCCAGGACACCCUGCCCCAAGGAUGGCGACGCGUUUGCAUACAACCCCUCACACCUCCAGGCCUGGUAUUGUCCACAAUCUACCUGGGACCGCCUUCCUGCUUCGGUCAAGAAGGCCCUGGCUGCAGUACAGCAUGCGGGAGCUUCAGCGUUGACUGGCUUCGAGCGCCUUGAUGAGCACAGUGGGACCAUCAGCGGUGCCCGCACUGACCAGAAGUUUCCAGAAGACGAUCUCCUGGUCCAGCUCGACGAUGUCCGCCCACUGAAGCUGCGCACCAUCAGCAACGCUAGCAGUGUCUUCCUGUCCGACAUCUCAUCGCCCACCUACAGCGGAACACCAGCCUCAGACUCUGGCUCCACCUCUCCUGUUCCUUCCACCUUCUCGCUCCCACAGUCUGCGUCGACUCCCGCUCCCAUCUCUCUUGGACCCCCAGAGCUUGAGACUAGGCGCAACUCAACGCGCGAGCGCUCCUUCUCUACUCCCCUCCAGCCCCAGGACGCAAAGUACGCCGCUGAGCUGUCGUAUCUGCGCACCGAGGCCCUCCCCCGUCUUCGUCACUCUGGCCACAAGGUCGAUACGGAGUGGUAUGAGGCUAAGCGCAUGAGCGCCAUUGCCGACGAGGACGCAAAGGCUUUCGAGGACUGGUGGUCGGAGCAGAAACACACCAUCCUCAAGCUCAGCGAGAAGGGCAAGCACUUGGCUGCUGCGAACGGUGUGACCUCGAACGGCAUGGGCUGGACGGCUCCGUAG